AUGCCUGUGACUGCCCAGACUUGGCAGACAACGUUUGUAGAGGAGCGGGCCUCCUUUGAGGGCGAGACGCAUUUCACGACGGAGAAAUACAACAGCUCGUUAUCGGUUAACCGCCUGGCAUGCUCGGGCAAUGGAUUGGAGCCUGGUCAGUUUUUCACUAUCGCCACGAAAUUAUCAAUUGAAUUGAAUUCUCUCUCUGGAUCACGCGUAACUUGGUUUCAAUACUGA